AUGAAUGGGAACCCUGUCUCGCUGCAAUGGAAGUACCCACCGGACCUCAUCUUCAAUGAAGAGAGCCUCCUCGACAUCAUCCUCACGCUGCGCAUGAAGAUUGAGAUCCUCGAGAAGAACGAGAUGGGCAACGGCGAGAUUCCCACGUGGCUCAGCGAUGCGAUGCAGAACAUCGCCAACAACUCCGAGGCCAUGCAUCGAUGGCAUCCAAAAGACAUUGUGAUCCUUCGGCGCGACGUCGCCGCCAAGACCGUCGCCAAGUCCCGCCGCACGGGCAAGGCCGAAGACGAGGCGCCCGCAACAACGAACACGACUUCAGCCAAGUCCGACGCGAGCGGACCCCCGACGCGCCGCCGCCCGAGCAUGCUGCAGGACCGAGCGCCAUCCCGGCGGGAAGCGCUCGUGGCCCCUGACCCCGCCGCGGCCAAGGACGAUCCACCCGAGCCGUCCUCGUCGGCGGCGACCACGACGGACAAUACGAUUCACGGUAUCGCAUCGCUCUCGUCGUCGGUGCCGCUCAUGGGCGAGAGCGGCUACUCGCAAGACAAGAUGGACGCGAUCUUGGAGCCGAUCAUCGACAGCAUCGAGCAGCUGCGGGCGGAGAGCGCGAUCGUGCGAGAGAACUCGCAAGAGGCCAAAAGCAGCGUCAUGCGGCUGCAAGCCGAGAUGAAGCGCCGUGACGCACUCAUCCAAGCGCGCAACUCCAAACACGAAGGCAACGUCAAGAUCCUCAUGGACAAGCUCACGCAUGACCUCCGCGCGUGCGUGACGCAGAAUGAACUCAUCGGCUUUGAGCAAAAGUCGCUCAUCUUGCUCAAGCAAGAGAGCCAUAAGCUCUCGGAUGAGUAUAGUGGCCUCUUUAGCCGCACGCAGGAGGAAAUUCACAUGGUGCGCAGUAUGCAAGAAGACAUCAACUCGAGCCAAGCCGAGGCGCUCCAGAAGACACAGAACCGCGUCGAGAUUAUGAGCGACAAGAUCGAAGAGAUCCUCAAGACGCAGGAAAAAUUUGCUAAAAUGCUCGACGAGCUCCGGCGCAACUCGCAGGCCGAGCACCAACACAUCCAAACGAUCAUUACACAGCAAGGCGUUAUGAAGGAGAAGCUCCAAGCGGUGAGCGACAAGCAGUGCAAAGGCGACCAGUUCACGGCCGACCUCGCCCAAGCCUUUGAAGAUGCGUCCCAAAACAAACAAAAGGCCGAGGACAAGAUCAAAGAAAUCAUCGAGUUGCGCGCCGAGGCCUUGCACAACGAGAUCAAGCGACUCGACGACAUUUUUGUUUCGUGCUCGGUCGAGACGCUCUCCGUGGACGUCAAGCGGCACGCCGACCGCAUCGACAUGGUCGAGCACACGGCCAUGGACAACCGAAAGAAAAUUUCCGACCUCGCGCAGCACGUGGGCGACACGGAGGUCAUCUACAACACAAACUUCACCACGAUCUACGAAGGCAUUGAGCGCGUGAGCCGCGACGCCAGCGAAAAUUUAAGGAAGGACGCGACGCGGCUCGGUGCCAAGAUCAAGGAAAACCAGGACGCCCACUCGAGCUUGAUCAAGAUCGUCGUUGACAACAAGUUGGACACGGAGAAGAAUUUUGCGACCAUGCGCACCAAGGUCGAGAACCACCAGCUGGAGACCGAGGGCAUGAAAGUGCACACGGAGGCCGCGCUCUCGUCCAUCAAGGAGAAGCUCUCGUACCUCGAGCAAGGCAAUCUUUCGUUCCGCACCGAGUACGACGCGGCGCAGACCGACAUCCAGCGGACGUUUGUGCAGAUUGCGACCGAGACGGCGAGCACCCAAGUGAUUCUCGACUCGGUGCACGCGACGCUCGAGAGCUUUGCGGGCAAGCAAGACGUCUUCAACGAGCAGAUCCAGGCCAUGCAAGUUGAAUAUCGGACCGAGAUUGGCACGACAGCCACGCGCUUGAACGACGCGGUCAUCAAGGAGGGCGAGCGCACCGAAGCCUUGUACGCGGCGUUUACCGAGAAGCAAACCAAGUUUGCCGAGAUGGUUGCCAAAGCCAGCACGCGCAACAUGACGAUCACGACGCUCAACAAGGAGCUCGACAUGCUCUGCGACGCGUUCGUCGCCGAGUGCUGGAAGUUUGAAAUCUCCGCGCGCCAAGAAGGCAAGGUGGCGGCGACCACGAGCCGCGCCGACAACAAUGGCACGAACCGCAAGCAGUUUUCCGAGCGGCAGCAGAAUUUCCUCAUCAAGAACGCCCAGUUCUUUGCCGACCUCGUGUGCGCCAAGGCCGAAUACGAAGUGCUCAAAGUCGCAAGCAACAAGGAGAUUCGAGGCCAAACCGAACUCGAUGCCAAGAUGGUCCGUCUCCAGCUCGACAUUGUCGAGAAGCUCAACACACGCAUGCUGGCCAAAGUGUCCAACAACAAGAACACGGGCGAGCAGUUUGAUAAAGGCUCGAUCGAACGCCGCGAGGUCUUUAUGCACACCCUCGCCAAUAUGCUGGGUGGCGCGAUCAGCCGGCGGACGCUCAGCGGUGGCAGCGUCGCACCCGAAGACAACCAUCAACCCCAAGGCGACGGGCAUUUCCUCGAGACCGUUCGGCUCCAAAGCCAAGCACGACCGUCAACAACCGCGGGCGGUCGACCCUCGGCCGAAAGUCAAAGUACAACCAGUCCGUUCAACAAGCGGCGCGACACGAGCGCCGCGACGGGCUUUGGAGUCCGCGCCGAGAGCCCCGUCCUUGACGCUGACGCGCGGCGCAUGAUUCAAUCGCCGCAUUCCAACGCACCGUACGUCUACCGCGGUGGCUUUCGCAUCCCGAACCGCCACUCGACCAUCAACAUCAUGUCGGACGCCUUCCGGGACAUGCACCACGACGAUGGCGCAGCGAUCGACGACUUUGUCACGGAGGAUGCUGGCGUCCACGGUCAAACCGAGCCGCCGCUCGCGUCGUCGUCCGUGUCCUUGCCGGCAUUGUAGAGGAGGAUGCAGCACGAUGGCGUCGAAAUCAUUGAUGUUAGGAUAACGCAGUCCACACCGUCGUCGUCGUCCUUAUUGACCUACAACGAGAGCUUGUCGGCCCG